AUGCAGAGCCAUCAGAAAGAACACUUGUACAAAAUCCUCGUUAUCGGGGAUUUAGGUGUGGGCAAGACCAGCAUCAUUAAGCGUUAUGUCCAUCAGACGUACUCUACGAACUACAGAGCCACCAUCGGGGUGGACUUCGCUCUCAAAGUUCUCAACUGGGACUCGGAGACCGUGAGACUGCAGCUCUGGGACAUUGCAGGUCAGGAGCGCUUUGGGAACAUGACACGUGUAUACUACAGAGAGGCCAUGGGGGCAUUCAUUGUUUUUGAUGUCACCAGACCUGCAACAUUUGAAGCAGUUGCUAAAUGGAAGGAGGACCUGGACUCGAAGCUGACACUUGCAAAUGGCAAAAGCAUUACAACUGUGCUUCUGGCCAACAAGUGUGACCAAAGCAAAGACAUUCUGGUCAAUAACAGUCUGAAGAUGGACCAGUUCUGCCAAGAAAAUGGAUUUGUAGGGUGGUUUGAAACAUCAGCUAAGGAAAACGUUAACAUCAAUGAAGCUGCAAAUUACCUGGUCAAGCACAUCAUUGCCAGUGAGAACGAUAUACUCAAAUCGGUGGUUCCUGACAGCAUUUCCCCUCAGCUGACCACAACCACAAAGAUGAGCUGCUCUGCAUGUUUCAAACCGUAACAUCUGACCAAGACGUGGAUUCAGGCUCAGCAGCCUUGGAGAACUAAAAGACGGAUGUCCUUUUCUCCCACUGUGUCUGUACCCACAACACCUGCGUGUGAAUGGAACACAAAGUCCAGUAACAUAUG